AUGUGUCGUGGUGCCUGGCGUGUGUGGGGAUGGGUGGCUUCGCCGGGCGGGCAGCAGGGCGUUUGGAAGGAAUGCCAGCUUUUACGUAACGUUCUCUUUGCUCCUGACACCGUGCGAGGGUCCAUCUUCCCGUCACGGAUGGAGUGGAAUGGCUUAAACAUGAUAAUUAGCACCAUGGAACCUCAGGUAUCAAACGGCCCUGCAUCUAACACGACCAACGGACCGUCCAGCAAUGGUCGAAACUGCCCCUCGCCCAUGCAGACCGGGGCCACCACGGACGACAGCAAGACCAACCUCAUCGUCAACUACCUGCCCCAGAACAUGACCCAGGAGGAGUUCCGGAGCCUCUUCGGCAGCAUCGGAGAGAUCGAGUCCUGCAAGCUUGUGCGUGACAAGAUCACAGGGCAGAGUUUAGGGUAUGGAUUUGUUAACUAUAUUGACCCAAAGGAUGCAGAGAAAGCCAUCAAUACUUUAAAUGGACUCCGACUUCAGACAAAAACCAUUAAGGUCUCCUACGCCCGUCCGAGCUCAGCAUCCAUCCGGGAUGCAAACUUGUACGUCAGCGGCCUGCCGAAAACCAUGACCCAGAAAGAACUGGAGCAGCUGUUCUCGCAGUACGGCCGCAUCAUCACCUCCCGCAUCCUGGUGGAUCAAGUCACAGGGGUUUCUCGAGGGGUGGGAUUCAUCCGCUUUGACAAGAGAAUAGAAGCGGAGGAAGCCAUCAAAGGGCUGAAUGGCCAGAAGCCCAGCGGUGCUACGGAACCCAUUACUGUGAAGUUUGCCAACAACCCCAGCCAGAAGACAAGCCAGGCCCUGCUCUCCCAGCUCUACCAGUCACCCAACAGACGUUACCCGGGGCCUCUGCACCACCAGGCCCAGAGAUUCAGGCUGGACAAUUUGCUUAAUAUGGCCUAUGGCGUAAAGAGGUUCUCCCCCAUCACAAUUGACGGGAUGACGAGCCUGGUUGGAAUGAACAUCCCGGGACACACCGGGACUGGCUGGUGCAUCUUCGUCUAUAACCUGUCCCCCGACUCAGAUGAGAGUGUCCUGUGGCAGCUCUUUGGCCCAUUUGGGGCUGUGAACAACGUCAAAGUCAUCCGCGACUUCAACACCAACAAAUGCAAGGGGUUCGGUUUUGUCACCAUGACCAAUUACGAUGAGGCCGCCAUGGCGAUCGCCAGCCUUAACGGAUACCGUCUGGGAGACCGAGUGUUGCAAGUUUCCUUCAAAACCAACAAAACCCACAAAUCCUGA